AUGUAUGGGUUUUUUAGCAGUCAAACAACUCAGUGGCAAGACAAGUCUGCGGGGGUUCGAUUAGCUAACAAGAUACAGAAAUGUAAUAGGAAUGAAUGGUGGAGGAAGAAAAAGAGGAAACGUGUCACUGAAAAGCUAACUAAGAAAUCAACAAAUUUGGAGGUGCAAGAAUUGUUGUCUGUCGAAGCUGCAAACUCUUUGCUGUUAAAUUUGAAAAGUCAAAUUGAACCUUUGGGUAUUUUUAGUAGUCAAACUAGUCAGUGGGAAGAGAAGUCUGCGGCAGUUCGAUUAGCUAACAAGAUACAGAAAUGUAUUAGGAAUAAACGUUGGAGGAAGAAAAAGAGGAAACGUGUCGCUGAAAAGCUAACUAAGGAGCGUGAAAGGUUCGACCAGGCUGAUCAACAAGCUGAUGAGUGGAGGGCUAGAGAAAUCGCCAAGGAUAUUGCUAGACGAAAGGAAAUAGCAAAAGUUAAAGCUAAUGAGGAGAGAAAGAAACUAGAAUCUGAGCUUGAGAUGGUUUUAAUCGUACAGAAGUUGCAAGGACUACGCUCCAUCAGAAUUCAAAAGCUGAAGAAGCAAGGGCACUUUCUCCCAGACGAGGAUGACAAGUUUCUUAAGCGAGUUCGGGCAGCAGUAGAGGAAGAGGAGCGCCACGCUGCAGGAGCGGCUGAUAUUCAUGCUGCUAAGGAUGCCAUUGCAACGGCUGAGGAAUCUAGGAAAGCCAUCCAAAAUGUUGAGCCUGAGCUCAAAGAUGACAGUCAUAAUACCGAUGGAGCUGUUGCAGAUGAGGUCACUGAGACUGAAGAGGAUGGUAGCUCUGCUGUAGCUGCAGAGGCAAAACCUGAGCAGAAGCAGUUGGAAGCAAAGGGUUACGCGGGGACUCUGCAGAAACUUUACCACUUGAGUUUUGUCAUUAUUACCAUGGCAGCAACACUGACAUGGGGAACCUUAUUGAGGUCAGAAGAACAUGGGAUGCAUAUAUCAGACCAGGCGGCAGUCGAUUACCUGGGCAUUGGGUUCAACCUCCUCCCCCAUCAAAUGAAAUAUGGGGAUCUUACUUGGUGGGUCCAAUAUGAAGCUGUGAGUUUCCAAAAUUUUGAUACAGGGAGGAUUGCAUUUUCUUAUUAUACGUGUAGGAGCAAACUGACAAGCCACUUGAAUUUGGUUACUGCGAGUCCCUAGUUUUCUCACUGUGCAAGUUAUUAGUGAUUGUAAAAUAUCAGUAGGUUUGAAUGGGUUUCUCUCUGGUUACUGCUGGUCUAAAUAAGUUGUGUAAAGCCAAGCUUAAUUUUACUAGAAGGUAUAACAACUUAGCAGCCUACGAGCUUGCUAAAUUUGGUCUGAGUUUCUGGUUCUAAAGUUUGGUGGCAUCAACCAGUGACAACUACAUCUUUUUCUUAGUCUUAGGUGUCUGGGGAUAGCAUUAUGUAAAUUACACUUAAAGGUUCAGUGAAAAUCUUUGCUUUUUUUUUUUU